GGUAGCAUAAAUGCUUGUUUAGAAACGUUAGAGCCAAAUGCGGCUACAAUAUAUGAUGCAUAAGUAGUACAGCGAUGAAUUUUUCUUGUUUUAUACCCUGGGAAGAAUGUAAUAUAUGCUACAUUGAUUCUAAUGACUCCACAAUUCACCACCUUAGCUCGUAUACAUACGCGCGCGCGCACACUCUGCAUCGAAACUAUGGCUAAAGACAUAUUACCUACUUCCAGUUACGAAUCUGUGGCUAUAUUUUGUAGAUAGUCCAUUGGAUAGCAUCUGUGACAUGAAAUUGAUUAAACCUUUGAAAACUCCUAUCUAACAAUGAGAUCGUUUUUAUGAUAACUUGCUAAAAACGUACCUCACAAUGUGUCAUUUUUACACCUGAAAAUGAAUAACAAAUGAGAUUGCCUUGCAGUAUUUUUAACUUAUGAUCCUUCAUCAAUAUUUAUCAUCUAAAGGUAGAUGCUAUAUACUAUACAGGACAUAUAAACCUUUAUUUCAUUAAUCUCUGGUAGAAUUACUGAGAGAGAUUUCUUCAAAGUAAAGUUAUUUGCAAACUAUCUCCACUUCACUGUCUGGAAUGUUUACAAGAUGAAUUUGUUGUCAACAGUAUAAGACACAAAGAACACAAUUGUUGUAAAAAUAUUUACUUAGAAUACAAUAUAAAAAAAACAAAGAACAGUAUUUGCAUACUGUAGUGAUAGACGAAAAAUUAUGGAAAAUGAAUUAUGUGACAACCAAAAUAAAUGCAAGUCAGAGUUGCUUAGAACAGAUUUUCCUGAUGAAAAUCUGAAAGAGAUGAGGAAAAUAUCAUACCACUGUGAUAUCUGUAAAAAGUCAUUCACUCAGAAAAGUAAUCUAACUACUCACAAACGUAUUCAUACUGGAGAGAAACGCUAUUGUUGUGAUAUCUGUGGUAAAUCAUUCCUUCGAAAUGAUGAGGUUGCUAUUCACAAACGUAUUCAUACAGGGGAGAAACCAUAUCAUUGUGAUAUCUGUGGUAAAUCAUUCUCUGUGAAGAGUACCUUAACUAAACACAAACGCAUUCAUACAGGAGAAAAACCAUAUCACUGUGAUAUUUGUGGUAAAUCAUUUUCAGAGAAAGGUGCUUUAACUCAGCACAAACGUACUCAUACAGGAGUGAAGCCAUAUCAUUGUAAUAUCUGUGGUAAAUCAUUCUCUCAAAGCAGUAGCUUAACUAAACACAAAGACCUUCAUACAGGGGAGAAGCCCUAUCAGUGUGAUAUCUGUGGUAAAUCAUUCUCUGAAAAUGGUACAUUAACUACUCACAAACGUAUUCAUACAGGUGAGAAGCCCUAUCACUGUGAUGUCUGUGGUAAAUCAUUCUGUCAAAAAAAUGAUUUAAAUACUCACAAACGUAUUCAUACAGGUGAGAAACCAUAUCACUGUAAUAUAUGUGGUAAAUCUUUUACUCGAAGUGGGGAGUUAACUAGUCACAAACGUAUUCAUACAGGAGAGAAGCCAUAUUGCUGUGCUAUCUGUGGUAAAUCAUUUUCUCAAGGAAGUGCCUUAAUUAGCCACAAACGUGUUCAUACAGGAGAGAAGCCAUAUUACUGUGAUAUAUGUGGUAAAUCAUUUUCUGUAAGUAGUGAAAUAACUCCUCACAAACGUAUUCAUACUGGAGUGAAGCCCUAUCACUGUGAUAUCUGUGGUAAGUCAUUUGUUCGAAAUGAUUACUUAACUAACCAUAAACGCAUUCAUACCGGAGAAAAACCAUAUCACUGUGAUAUCUGUGGUAAAUCAUUCUCGCUAAGUUGUCAGUUAACUACUCACCAACGCAUUCAUACUGGAGCAAAGCCAUAUCGUUGUGAUAUAUGUGGUAAAUCAUUCCCACAAACUUGUGGAUUAACUUCUCACAAACGUAUUCAUACAGGAGAAAAACCAUAUCACUGUGAUGUCUGUGGUAAAUCAUUCACUGUAAAUAGUACAUUAACAAAACACAAACGCAUUCAUACAGGAGAGAAGCCAUAUCACUGUGAUAUCUGUGGUAAAACAUUCUCUGAAGGAAGUGCCUUAACUAAACACAGACAUGUUCAUACUGGAGUAAAGCCUUAUCACUGUAAUAUCUGUGGUAAAAUGUUCUCUGGAUGCAGUAACUUGACUAUUCACAAACGGAUUCAUACUGGAGAAAGGCCAUAUCACUGUGAUAUCUGUGGUAAAUCUUUCUCUGUAACUAGUCGCUUAACUAAUCAUAAACGCAUUCAUACUGGAGAGAAGCCAUAUUGUUGCAAUGUGUGCGAUAAAUCUUUCUCAGAAGGAAGUGCCUUAACUAAGCAUAGACGUAUUCAUACAGGAGAGAAGCCAUACUGCUGUAAUAUCUGUGGUAAAUCAUUCACUGUAAAUAGUACUUUGACUAAACACAAACGCAUUCAUACAGGAGAGAAGCCAUAUCACUGUGUUAUCUGUGGUAAAUCAUUCUCUAAAAAAUCUCACUUAGCUGCGCAUGUAUGUAUUCCUACAGAAGACUGACACUUCCAAUAUCAUCUUAUAUUAAUAUAUAACCUAUAAACACAUUCAUAGAGAAAAGAGAUAUAGCUGUGCCUGAAACUAACUUCCCAAUACUAUUGUAUAUAGCCACAAUGAUAUAUUGGGGAUGUAAUGCAGUUCCUCUUAGAGUUUUUCUUGUUAAUAUGUGGGAUUCUUCUCUUGUGACGCUACAUUUUGCUAAGUUGUACACAAUUAUAACAAUCUAUUAACAUAAUCAGGAAUAUUAUUUACAUUUGAUGGAUAUUUGUCCUCAUCUUGUUUGUUGUUAACAAUGUUUCGGCUGAUAUACCCUCCAGCCUUCAUCAGGUGUCUUGGGGAAAUUUCGAACCUGGGUUCUUAUUCCUAAGGUAUUUUUUGAUAUUAUUAUUAUUCAGAUCACUGCCGGGCAUAUGGUGUAGUGGUUAAGAGCGCGGGCUACUAACCCCAAGAUUCUGAGUUCGAUUCCAGGCAGUGACCUGAUAAUAAUAAUAAUAUCGAAAAAUACUUUAGAAAUAAGAACCCAGGUUCGAAAUUUCCCCAAGACACCUGAUGAAGGCUGGAGAGUAUAUCAGCCAAAACGUUGUGUUAACAACAAGCAAGAUGAGGACAAAUAUCCGUCAGAUGUACAUAAUUCCUCAUCUCUUAAAUAUAGAACUGUAUAAUCAGUAAUGUCUGAAAAUAACCGAUUCUAUAAUACUGAUUGAAGAAAAAUAGCCUACCAUCAAUAACUUGCCUAUAGAUAGUUUUGAUGAGUGAAAAUUGCAGACUUCGUGGUCUGUUAUAUCCUAAGCAUACUUGCAAAAACCCAGUAAGUAGAAAAAGGCAUGACUUGAAUAAAAUUAGAAUGAAACUCAUUAAAAUAUUUAGUAAAUCAAAUCUUAAGAAAACAAAAAGUGUAUACCUCGAAAUAGUUACCUAUAAAUUUACACUCUAGAGAACAGUACUAAUUCCAUAUAAUGAACAGGGAGACGAUUUAUAUGUACAAAGGCAUCAGCCAUAAUCAAAGUAUGUUCUAUAAAACCAUCUUCCUCUCAAACUAUUGAGCAUGGAAAUAGUACGAUUGUGUGGUUCAAUCUAUUCUUUAGUAUCAACGUAGCCAUGAAUAUAGCUAGAUGGUUCUUAUUCAUAGUAGACAUGGUUUUUCUUGCAAACCACACUGAUUACAAGAACUCUGUUGAAGUUCGCUUUAGUUCAAGCAAUAUAAAGUCACAUAUAUUCAGCUACAAUAAAGAAGUCAGAUGAUAUAGGAUCAUUUCAGAUACACAGCCAACUUCUGAAUAACAAACGCCUUGGAAAGGUAUUGGUGUAUAGACCUGAUGUUUAGAUAGUAAAGGGAUAAAAAAUACAAAACAUACAUCAGCCUCAUCAAAAAUACAUUUGCACAAUGGUCUUGUUUAAUUUAGACAGAAUAAAUGCAAUUCCUCCUCACUGUCAA